UUUACAAUUGAUUCCAAAGAAAAUGACAGCGACCAAAGUGAAAAUAUCAAAGAAGAAAGUACUAAUGUGUUAUCUGAGUAUGUAAAGGGUCUUGAAAGUCGCGUUAAACGCCAAUAUUUAGGAAAAAUAGCGGCAAUCAGAAUUGAUCCAGCAUUAUUAGUAGUGGCAAAGUUAGAUCCAGAAUGUAUCCCGUCGAUCGAAGCAGCCGAUCUUCUCUCAUAUUUAGUGCUGGAAACCAGCUAUUACACGCUGAAACAGUUCAAAGCCCACAAGAGUUUGGAGGCUUACAACCAGAUGAUUUCUGGCUUUAUAACAAGCAUUCGAGGCAAAAUAAUCAGUGAUAAGUUUGUUGUGGUUGGAAAAGUGCGACAUUCACAGGGAAUGACUGAAGCUCCAUUACCUGUAUGGAUCAUUGCCAGUAAAGAGGGAAGGAUCAUAUCUGCUCACUGUCUAGGCUGCAAAGCCAGACUAGCAGAAUCAUGCUCUCAUGUGGCAAGUGUUCUAUUCUAUGUCGAGGCAUGGACAAGGAUUAAUGGCAAACUUGCUUGUACCCAAGUAAAGUGCAUGUAGCUACUUCCUGCAUACGUAAAUGAGGUUCCAUACUCCGAAGUUAAAGACAUAAACUUUAAAUCGGCAAGGAGAAUAAGAAAUGAAUUGGAUAAAGAAGUCAAUGGUAAGAAUUCCUGUUCUGCAUCUCCAAGUAGUGAAAGUUGCAGUAACUCCAACCGCAAGAAGGUCGCGAAGGCAGAAAUGCUUGGCUAUCCGUCUGUUGAGGAGAUGAACAGUCUUUUCUCAAAACUGAACAAAGAUAAACAGAAGGCUGCUAUCCUCAGUUUAAUUCCUCCAUAUUCAAAGUCUUUCAUUUGAAAAAGUCAUCAGAUACCUACCUUGCUAGACCUUUUUGAUUCUGAGAACAUCAAACUGACAUGUCCAGAUUUAAUGAAAAGUGCUUAGAAACUGAGAUAUCAAUUUCCAGUGAGGAGCUAAAAGCUAUUGAAAAAGAUACAAGGGAUCAAUCAAGCGGAGCUGCAUUUUUCUGACAUAGAGCUGGACGUAUUGGAGCUUCUCAGAGCUUCUCAGUUGCUCACACAAAUCCUGCCCAACCAGCACAGACCGUCAUCAAGUCCAUUUGUUACCCCCAGUUGUUUAACAACAGUGCAGUUAAUCAUGGUCAUAUCUACGAAGAGAAAGCAGUAGCAGCAUACACCAAUGUAAUGUCAGAAAAUCACAAAGAUUUCAAGGUUACCAAAUGUGGAGGUUUUAUUGACCAGACACAACCAUGGUUACAUGCUACUCCUGACUUCCUCUGUACUUGCUCUUGUUGUGGGGAUGGCUGUGGGGAAGUCAAAUGCCCCUACAGUAUUCAAAACUGGGACUUUGAAAGCUAUCUUUUAAAGAAAAGUUCCUGCCUAGAGAAAGUUGACAGUAUGUUUAAACUGAAGAGAAACCAUGACUAUUUCUAUCAGGUGCAGCAGCAACUUUCCAUUACUGGAUCAAAAUACUGUGAUUUUGUUGUGUGUGCUUUUAACAACAACAAACCAAUGUUUUUCAUGGAAAGAAUCCUACCUGACCCCAAUCACUGGGAGACUGUUGUCCCUAAGCUGACAAAAGUAUGGAGGACAUGUGUGCUACCUGAGCUUUUAGUAAGGUGGUACACAAGGAAACAGCAUGCUCCAAGUCUUACUCUGCAAGCACAUCAAGUGGACCUUGCUAUUGUAGAACCAAGACCCAAGAAAGAACCAUCCACUGCUCUAAUCCAGAGUGUCCUGUAAAGGAAUUUCACUACUCAUGUUUACAAGUGUCAGACCCUAUUCCCAAG